AUGGAACCAACAUUAUGUUUUCUUUUAUGUGACACACCGAUUAUUUAUAUACAAGGCAGCAUUUGCCGAUGUUCAGGUGGUGGUCUUAUGGUUCAUAAUCAACAGAUAGAUGAACUUUGUAGCAUACCAUGUAGAAAACCAGGUGAUCGUCGAACUAUAACAGUUCAAACAUGUGGAGGUGCACAAACAUAUUCAGUUUAUGCUGAAGAAAAAUUUUAUACUCAUCAUGCUCAUUUAUUCAACUUUCGAAUUCAAUUUAAAUCAUGUGAAUUAUGGAAUACUUCUCAUAAUUAUGAUGCAUUACAAAUUAAAAUUAAUAAAUCAUAUGUUAAAUCUCCAUUGAAUAAAUUAGAACGAUGUGCUGCUGCAUGUCUUGAUCAAAAUACUACGACCAAAUCAAUAGCUUUCAAUGGUGAUAACGAUCGAUGCUUAUGUAUAAUGUCUCGAACCUUAAAUCUAAAUGUUAAUGGUGGACUUGAUUUAACAAUUUUACCAAAUAAUAGUUGUGACCGUUAUUGUGAUAACAUAAUGUAUGAUUCGACAGUUGAACAUAAAUUUAAAUGCGGUUCAUUAAAAGAUUCACGUAUAUGGGCCAUAUAUGAUUUAAAUACUACAUGUCCAAUUGGUUUUAUUUAUAUAAAAGAAUUAAAAAAAUGUAUAUCUAAAUAUAAAGGAGUUUCAAAUCUAUGCCCAUCACCAUCAAUGAAUUAUAUUUAUAAUGGAAAUCUAACAUGGAAUAUCUUUCUAAAAAUUAUUGAAAAAUUAAACUUAACUAAAUCUAUUGUUUCAAUUGAUUUUGAUGAUUAUGUUACUGUUGAUCCUUCAUGGAUGUGCUCAACAACUACCAAUACGAUAAAUUCAAAUCUUUCUAAUAGAAAUUUUAGUACAUAUUAUGUAUUAGAUAGCGGUUGUUUACGUGUACGUUUCUAUUCUUUGGGUUCACGUAGAUUAUCAAAUCGUUUAUGCAUAACAAAUCCUAUAAGUGAAGACUCAUUAUCAUAUGAUGCUCGAAGUUAUCCAAUUUAUGGAUUGGAACUUAAUAAAAACAUGGUUAAUUGUCCACCACAGUGGUUCGAUAUAAACACAGAGUGUUAUCGAAUAUCGGAUUACCCUAAGACAAUUCAAGAAGCAAGAAAUAGUUGUAUUGAAUUGCCAGAAGAGUUGAAGAAGUAUAAUGGAUUACAAGAAGUUACACCAAAUUUGUUUGAUGAUGAUGAUAUGAGAAACAUAGAGGUGCAUAAAUUAAUGAAUCUUACGACUGAUGCCCUUAAAGGUGAAAUUGUACAGUAUACGUCACAAUGGCAAGUACAUCUUGGCUUCUUUCUUCUUGAUACAAAUGCAUCAAGUACAGAACAAGAACUUGGAUUAUUUCAUUCAUAUGUUACAGAUUUUCCAUCAUUAGUGUCCAAUGUUGAUGUCAAUCUCUCAUCUAUAAAUGAAUUUCAAAUGAUUAAUUCAAAUGACGAUAAUAACUCAAGCAUUCAAGAUGAUUCAUGUUUAGUUUUGACACGUUUAAUAAUCGAUGAAAAACAAAGAAGUUCUAUUUUUAAAAAUUCUCAAAUCCAUAAUUGUUCGAAACCAAGACAUGUUUUAUGCAAAGCAAGAACAAUUCUUGGUUACAACUCUCAUCAAAUUUGUUAUAGUAAACCAUCAACACUUGGUUUACCAGCAAUGAUAUCAAAUCAUUUAACAUAUGAAUUAUGUUUAUCUGUUUGUGGAAUAUUAAAAACAAGUUCAGCUGUUAUAAAUAUGAAUAAAUGCUAUUGUGUCGAUGUUGCUGAGUCAUUGAUGAUUGAUAUCGAAGGAAAUCAUGUAAAAUAUAGAACGAAAGAUUGUGGAAAUCCUUGCCCGGGUAAUCAAAAUGAGCGCUGUGGUAAUACAGAUACAAUGGUUAUCGUACAUGCAACUGAUAAUAUACCUUCGUUCAAACUUGACAAAAAUUAUAUACAAUCUAAACAACAUCCUGACUUCAUUUAUGAUAAUUGUGUACAUGUAAAUUUUCCCAAUAAAUCAGGAAUAUAUCAAUUCAGUUUAAAUCAUAUAAAUGAUAUUCAUCCACGUCAUUGCUUAGAAUUGUGUAAGAAGUAUAAACAACAAUAUGCUCUUCUUAAUUCAAAUAAAUGUUUAUGUACGAAUAUUCCAAUGACAAAAAGACAAAAUGCUCUAAGGUUAUUUAUUCCUCCAGAUUUUGAUUGUAAUCAAGAAUGUCAAGGUAAUUACUUAUACACAUGUGGAAAUACAAGUAAUUCAACGAUAUAUUCCGUGUAUGUAAUGCACCCAAGAUGUCCUCACAAUUUUCAACUUAGUUUUGAUGAACAACAAUGUGUACAGAUUGAUUUUUCAGUGAAGAAAAAUUCUUUCUCAACUGCACAAUCUUAUUGUCAAUCUAUUGGUGGUGUACUUGCAAAAAUAAAUGAUAUUUUAGAAAUUCAAGAUUUAGUAUUCUCAUCAAAACUGUACGGAAAUCACUUCGAUGAAUAUCCAUAUUUUUAUAUUCCAAGUUUACUUAAUAAUACAAAAUAUUUUUGGGUCGAUCGCACAUCGGAUAUUAUAAACACCAACAAAACAUCAGAUCAUUUUAUUGGAAAAUGUUUUGAAACAUUAAAAUCAUUUGACCAAAACUGUGUUGUUCUUCAUCGCGAAAAUAUUACCGUUGAUAAUAUAUCGACUUUUCAGUCGUGUUUUACUGAAUCAGAUCAAUGCUCAUCAAUGUCUGCUAUACCGGUUUGUGUUGAUAAAAAUCUAGAAUUUAAUUUAACUACAAUGUCUUCAACUCCAGGUGGUGUUUCAUCCAUCAUAUCAGUGAAUAUAUCAACGGAUUAUUCAUGUGGUGAUGAUACAGAUUAUCAUUUUAUGAAUGAUUAUUGUUAUAAAGUAUUAUUUCACGAAACUACUUGGCAUAAUGCAAAAGCAGAGUGUGAACGUGAUAAAGCUGCAUUAUUUUUACCUGGAAAAAACACGAUGUACUCCUUACUAAAAUUCUUACUGUUACGACAGCAUAGUUACACAUCAUCUGGUGUUGUAUAUGUUGAUAUUUUUUAUGAUAAUCAAAAUCGUACUGCUAUGAAAUAUAGUACAAUCAGUAGAAGUACUUUAAAACCUAUACGAGAUUCCUAUGAUCUUGAUACUUUAUGUGAAAGUGCAUUUCGUCGAAGUUAUGACAAUUUCCUAUUUUCACCAAAUCUAACAAUGAAAGAUAUAGAUCGAUUAAAAAGUCAGCAAACUACUUGUGGAUACAUUGAUUUUCGAUCUGACUAUGAACCAUCGAUUUCAUGUGAUGAAAUAUCCUGUAAUCGACCGGCAACUGUAAUAUGUCAAAAAUCACCGAUUAUAACAACGCAUACUAUUCUAGCAAAACGUGAUUAUACAAAUUUGCCAAUAUCAUCGACUGAUGAAGAAUCAAAUUCUAAAAAAUCUAUCAGCAAAAGUUUCAUAUCAAUUAUCUUGAUAUUUUCAAUUAUAUUUGUUCUUAUACUCGUUGGAUUUAUAUAUAUAUUACACAAUCGUUAUGUAAAACGAAAGAAUAAUAGACAUCGUACAAAAAGACUUAAUAAUGAACCUAUUUAUUCUCAAUUGCUUGCUAGCAGUGAAUCUAAUUUAUAG